UAUUUGUAUAGAUUUCAAUUUCUUGUUUAAUUUGAAUUAUGAACUAUAGAAGAUUGCACAAACAAAUUUUUUUAUGGUUAAGUUGACAGCAAUGUUCAAUUUGACAUUUCAAACACGUCAAUUGUUUGAAGAAGAAGCGCAUGUUUGAGUCUCACUCGUUUAUAAGUAAUUUACAUAGGUUUUUCCAGCCCACGCUUAGCAGCACUAAAAACAAAUCGUCACGACAGUGCCAAGUACCCCGAGGAUUAGUAAAUAUGUCUCAAAACGAAUCAGCGGCAAUAGUACAGGACAAUCAAAACUCUGGUUACGGUGCUAUCCUUCGAAGAACUUCAACGCAUAAUUUCGAUAAUAUACGUCCAAGUACACCACCAUUGCAUCGAAUCGAAACGGCACCGUUAAUAUCACAAUCCGUUCUGUCAACGUCUACAAUUCAAUCAAGUUCCGAUCAAAUGGUAUCGACAAUUUCAACGUGGUCAAAAAUUGGUUUUGGUUUUGGUCAUAUAUUCAAUGAUCUCUGUGCUGGUGUAUGGUUUAGCUACUUAUUGUUGUUUAUGAAAGGUGCACUACGAAUGUCCGGCACAGAGUCGGGCGCAAUGAUGAUGUUGGGUCAAGUUGGCGAUGCGUUAGCCACCCCGAUCGUUGGGUUUUUGGUGGAUAAAUUUGGGACUAAACAAAGAUGGCAUAUAUUUGGAACGUUUCUCGUAUUUAUCACAUUUCCGAUGAUAUUUUCGCUGUGCCCAAUGUGCAGUGUAUGGCCAUCGUGGUGGCAUGUGCUUUACUUUUCGGUUGUCAUUCUAUUAUUCCAAAUCGGUUGGCCAAUUGUACAGGUUUCACAUUUGGCUAUUAUUCCGGAAAUGGCGCGUACACAAAAAGAUCGAACUCAAUUGACGUCAGUGCGUUAUUCGGCAUCGGUUAUAGCCAAUGUGAUUGUAUUCAUUGUCACAUGGGUCGUAUUACGUUCAAACCGUACAUCGGAUGAAGCAAAAAUCACCGAAAAAGAUGCGUACCGCUUUCGAGAUAUUUCAUUGAUUCUUACAUUUAUUGGUUUGUGUACGACGGUUGUGUUUCAAUUUUCACUAACAUUCAGUGGUUAUGGUUUACGUCGAUUGCAAGCAUACAAUAACCGUCGAGCAUCACUAGAAUCGCGUUCAUCGUAUCGGCGACUAAGCGAUUCAAACGAUCCUGAUGGACAACCCAUAACAAUGCAUGCACCACCUCAACGUCGCCCCAAAAAUUUUUUCAAAUCUAUAAAAAUUUAUCAAAAUGGAUUGCUUUACGUUUUUUCGCGAAUUUUUACUACGACAGCAUUAGUUUACAUUCCAUUGUGGUUGAACGAUCGACUGGUACAAAUAUCAAAAGUGCCGGGUCUUACGGAACGCAUUGACACAAGACAUGAAGUUGAACACAUUGCCAUUGUGCCCAUGGUUCAAUAUUUGGCAUCGUUUGUAUCGUCACUUUUGAUGGAUAAAUCACAUCAUGUGCUCGGUCAUAAGUCAUUGUAUUUGUUGGGUUCAUUGGCCUGCAUUUUUGGUUGUUUUCUUGUCGAAACAAGUAUUUCAAUCAAAUUGUCCAACGCACGUCUGUAUAGCAUCGCAACGUUAUUUGGUGCCGGCAGUUCCAUUACGAUGAUAUCCAGCUUAUGUCUAAUUGCUAAUAUGAUUGGCAAGCAUGCAGAACAGAGUGGAUUCAUUUAUUCAGCCGUUACAUUUGCCGAUAAAUUGAUUACAGGUGUUGCCGUUUUGGUCAUUGAAUCAUUUAAAUGUAAAGACCGAGCAACUUGUCCCGAUUACUAUAAAAACGUGUUGGCUCGUGCAUGUGGUGGAGCUGCUAUUCUGGGUGUACUUACAUUAUUCACAUUGUUCUUUUAUCGUCGGCGUGCUCCCGUCCGUUCAAUUUAAUUUAUAUUUAUUUGCUAAAUUAUUGUAGCAAAUUUAAUGUAAUCCUAUCAUGUCAAAUUAUAUUAGCGUCUAUAAAUUCUAUAGUUAUAUUUCAAAUAGAGUUUGAGUUUUAUUGUAAAUAUUUGUUGGACGG